GCGCGAGCGGGGCGGCCGGGCCGGGGAGCGGCGGGACCGGCCGGCCCCGCCUGCUUUACAGAAUACUUCUCGUUCCUCGGAUGCUUCAUUCUGUGCCACUAAUCCGAGCACUACCUGAGCUAAUCCUUCCUUCCAGGCUGGUGCCACAGCCUGGGUGUCGGUGCUGCUGCUGCAGGAGCAGCUCAGGAGAGCCACCAGGUGCUGACCCCGGGAGCAGCUUUCCCUGGGGGUGUGUCCGUGCUCAUGUGCCCGCCCUGAGCCCCCCCCAGGAUGAGGAUCGUGGUGGCCAAGGUGCUGUGCCUGCUGGGCAUCUGUGUGCUGGUGCUGGCGGGGGCCCUGCUGCCCGUGAGGCUCAUCCAGGCCGACCACGAGAAGGCUCAGCACUCCAGGAAGGUCCUGGCCCUCUGGAAUUCCUUCGGAGGGGGCGUCUUCCUGGCCACCUGCUUCAACGCCCUGCUGCCAGCUGUGAGGGGCAAGCUGGAUGAAGUCCUCAAGCAGGGGAACGUGACCACGGACUACCCGGUGGCCGAGACCAUCGUCAUGGUUGGCUUCUUCGUCACGGUCUUCGUGGAGCAGCUGAUCCUGAGCUGCCAGAAGGAGAAGCCCUCCUUCAUCGACCUGGAGACCUUCAACGCGGGCUCGGACGGCGGCAGCGACUCGGAGUACGAGAGCCCCUUCAUCGCCUCUCCCCGGGGCCGGGCCCUGUACGGGGAGCACGGGGGGCACCCCCCGCACCUGAGCCUGCCCGAGCUGUCCCGCUCCGGCCCCCUGCGCCUGCUGGGGCUGGUCUUCGCCCUGUGCACGCACUCCAUCUUCGAGGGGCUGGCCCUGGGGCUGCAGGAGGACGGCGGCAAAGUCAUCAGCCUGUUCCUGGGCGUGGCCAUCCACGAGACGCUGGUGGCCGUGGCGCUGGGCAUCAGCAUGGCCCGGGCCGCGCUGCCGCUCCGGGACGCGGCCAAGCUGGCCCUGGCCGUGUGCCUCAUGAUCCCGCUGGGAAUCGGCGUCGGGAUGGGCAUCCAGAGCGCCCGCAGCGCCGCCGGCGACGUCGUGUCCCUGCUCCUGCAGGGCAUGGCCGGCGGCACCUUCCUCUUCGUCACCUUCUUCGAGAUCCUGGCCAGGGAGCUGGAGGACAAGAGCCAGCGGCUGCUCAAGGUGCUGUGCCUGGUGCUGGGCUACGCCCUGCUGGCCGGGCUGGUGCUCAUCCCGUGGUGAGCCGGGGCCCUCGGCACGCCAAGCUCGCCGGGAGCAGCCGCCCCUCCCGCCGCAGGGAGGCCGGAGCACCGCGGGCAGGGGGGACAGCCCAGCACAGGGGGCCCUCCCGAGGUUACCUGCAGGAGGAGGAUUUCUUCCCACAUGCUCACAGGGAGAUGAUGAGGAACGUCCCGAGGGGGUGUCCCUGGAGAUCAGCUGGCACAAACUAUAAGGACCUGGUUAAAGGCUGCUUCCGAGAGCUCCUCGAGUGUGUGUGGCUUCCUGCAACCUCCACAAUGCCCCUCUCCCUCCUGCCCCUCGCCCACCCUCUGGAACGAGCUGGGAGCCUGGUCCAGAGGCUCUGAGGAGGUGAGAAACAGGACCAGAACCGGAGGAGCAGGUGGGAGCAGGGAUUGCUGGGCUAAGCUGCUUUGGCUGGCUUAGUUUGGAGCAAAACCUGGUGGUAAGAGCUGCCUAAAAUAACAGCCCUGUGGGGCUCUGGCGUUCCCGGGGUGCUGCUCCCUCCGGCACAGCUCCCAGUGCAGCCCCCCAGGGCUCAGGGAGCGGGGCUUUCCCAGGGAUUGAUGGAGAAACGAGGCCGGGCCCCCCUCCCCUCCUUCCUUCUCUGCGUCUCAUCCAUAUGCUGAGCAUUCCCUAAGGAAAAACCUCCAGCAGUGUGCUAACAGAGUGUUUGGAAAUCAUAGGAUGAAUCCCGGGAUGGUUUGGGUUGGAAGGGAACUUAAAGCUCAUCUCGUCCCACCCCCUGCCAGGGGCAGGGACACCUUCCACCAGAACAGGUUGCUCUAAGCCUUGGACGAUUCCAGGGAUGGAGCAAAUCCUUGCAUUAUCCCUGUCCAUUCCCUGGCACUCCCAGGGCCCGGGAUGCAGGAGCUUGCAAGAAACGGGCAAUAACAAUCUCCAGCAUUAAUAUUUCAGGGAAAGCACUUGUGUUCUCAGGGCUCUGCAGGGAGAGGGGUUGAGCAGUCGGAGCAGGGGCUGCUCCCAAGGCUUUUCCAAGCUUCCAGAGGAAUGGAAUCUCUUCCCUGGGAGGGGGGAGGUGAGCUGGUGGAAGGGCUGCUGAGAGACAC